AUGUCGUACCUUCCGCAACCUCUCACGGGCUCGAUCUUGGGUCCUGCGUUCGAGCACAAGUAUCAGAGUCCUAUCACGCUACCGCCUGUUCUCGACAGCGAGACCGAGCAAGUGAGCGCUAUGGACUUCCUUCAUGACCAUCACGACCAGCACGAUAACCAUGCUGAAGCGGAGCGCGGUGCUCUCGGACACGGCAGCGACAUCCCCGACGAGGCCAUCGUCGGCGCAUGA